AUGAAUUUUCUAACGAAUCAUCUUGAAAACAGAGUUAGUUUUGGUUUAAAUGGUGAUGACUAUAUUGGAGGAGAAGGUUUUGGACGCAAGUUAGAACGAUUUACUCAUAUUGAUUUUAAUCGUGAUAAUAUCAUUGAUUGCCUACCAGAUGUGUAUUCCGGCUAUCCUUCAAUGUAUGGAACAGAAAAUGGUGAUUAUCCUUCUAUGGGUUAUGGUGGUUAUCCCGGGUUAUCCUUCCACGGGUUACGGUUGCUACGGUUAUACUCACGACAAUUUUGGAUACUAUUAAUAAGGCUUCAAUAA